AUGUGCUCCUGGGUUGGUGGCCUGGGCUAUGGCCUAGGCCAUUCCCAGCGGAGAGGGGAUGGCAGUGAGACUUCCUUCACCGGCUACAACUCGGAUCUCACGAUGGACUUUGCUGAUGUCAUAUCAUCUCAGACACAAAUCAAUAGACUCCUCAAUGAGAUCGAAACACUGGAGGCUGAGCUUACACUUUGGAAACGUUUGUCCAAGGGACCAAAUCGCUCAGACUCCAAUGCCAUCUGGAAACUGAGGAGCACCAUCAGGGACCUAGAAGAGCAGCGGAUGAGGGAGAUUGAGGAACAUCAACUCGGAGUUGCGACACUGCUCAGUGUCCAUCAAGAAAAACUGGCCGACGUCAGGGACAGGCACCGCAAACAACUCCUCGAGUAUGAAAAACGGAUAGAAGACCUGCAAGAUCAAUACUCUGCUGGUCAUGGGAAAGAUGACUUACUUCAAGAAAGGGAAACUGAGCUUAGAAGGUUGAAGCAACAACUUGCAGAAAUGGAGCGGCUGAAUGACAAUUUAAACAACGUUGUUUCUGAUCUCAGAGCAGAAAACCAAAAGUUGGUUUUGGCGCUCCAGGAUGUAAGACAACAGCUGGAAGAAACUAUUCUCCGGAACAAUGAGGAUUCUCUGGAAAACAGCACUGCUGUGAGGGCUUUAAAAAUAGAAAAAGGACAGUUAAUAGCAAAAUUGUCUCGGGCAGAAAAGAAGCUGUUGGAGGAAACGAACAAGUAUGAGCAAACUAUCAAAGAAUGGUCGCCUUUAGAGCAUGCGCAUUUCAUUCAACACAGUCAAGAGAAAGACCUGGAAAUAGUACACUUCAAAAAGAGAAUCGAGCAGAUGGACGCCGACCAUAAAGGAACGAAGGAAAUGCUGUCCUCUGCUUUGGAGGAGCAGAAGCGAUUGACACAACUCAUUAAAGAGAAAGAGACGUAUAUUGAAGAACUUACAGGAAUUCCAGAGCCUCAGGAGGAAUUCGGUCAGUCUAUCCAAACCUUCAGAGGCAAUGACAUUUUCCAGCCAUCUGUGGAGGACAAAGACAGGUGUCUCCCAUCCGUGACAGGCAAAAAUCAUCAUCUGGGAGAAGAACUGGAGAGCCCAAGACAACAGAGUCGCUCUGUACCUGCGGUUGACCCUAAAAUCCUAGACGAGAUCAUAGAACUAGAGUGUGAGGUGUUUCAACUCCAGGAGUUAAAAGGCGAUCUCGAGGAGGAAAUCAGAGAGCAACAGAAGAUCAUUUACAACCAACAGCAGGGGAAGAUAGGACUGCUUCAUUCUUCACAAGAGCAGAAGCAGAAAGUGGACCAUCUCCAAUACCGGCAGGAGCAGAUGACUAUUGAACACGCUCAGCUCCUUUGAGCAAAAGACGAGGAGAUUCAGAAUUUGCAGGACACGAUAGAACAGAUGAAAGCCCAGCUGCCUGACAAAAGCCAGCACAUUCCAACAGAAGACUGUGAUGAUGUGGAAGUCACAAGAAGUCAGCCUCUUCCUAGAGAAAACGGAAGUGAAAAGCUUGAUUCAUCUGAAGCCGAAACUCAAAGAUUCGUCCUAGGAAUCAAAGAACACAAACUGGAGAUGAAGUUUCUAACUGAACAGAACAUCCGACUGACGGAACAGAUCAAUCGGCUCUCCAAAGAGGAGAUUGGUAAACUAACUCAGAUCAUCCAGCAGAAAGAUUUGGAGAUUCAGGGUCUUUCCAGCAGGAUCUCUGCGGCUUCUCACAGCCAGAAUGGGGACGUGGAGCGACUUCAGCGGCAAUUGCAAGAGUAUGCUGGGAAAAGCGAACAGGUCUUGGCUGCCUUAAAUGAGAAAACGAGGGAGAACAGCGAUCUGAAGACAGAAUAUGACAAAAUGGCAGAUAGAAUUACUGUCACAGGAGCAGACCUCCAGAGAAUGCAAGAGGAAAAUCAAAAACUGUCCACUAGAAUUGAGAGUAGUGGUCAGGAGAUAUUUAGAGAAAGGAUUCAGAAUUUAUCACACAUUAUUCGAGAAAAAGACCUCGAAGUGGAUGCGUUAAGUCAGAAAUGUCAGACUUUAUUGACACUCCUGCAACCAUCCAGCACUGGUAAUGAGGUUCGAGGAACUAAUAUGGAUCAGUUGAAGCAGCUUCUCCAGGAACGGGACACGUUAAAACAGCGAGUGAAGAUCAUGGAAGAGUGGAAACAGCAGGUGAUGACCACAGUCCAAAAUAUGAAGCGUAAGUCACCCCAGCUUCAGAGAGAUCUGGCACAACUCCAGGUGCGGGCUUUCACCAGCAGCGAGAAGGAUUCUGAAGUCCAGACGACCUCUAGUGACCUGAUCGAACCGUACAAAGGCAAUGAAAUACAUUUACAACAUUUAGAGAAGGAACUGGCACAAAUGCAGCUCAGCAACGGGUAGCUUUGCAAUGCCAAGGAUCUCCUUCUAGGGAAACUGGAUGUGAUUUUCCUCCAGCCCUCCACUGACUCCUCGGAGUCAGCGGAUUCUCUGGAGGCCAUGAAAUCUGACAGAGUGAGUGAGGCUUCUUAGUUGCUCCAAGAGGAGGUAGAAGAGCUACGAAAAUCCAUUCAAGGAAAAGAUACAAUGAUUCGAACCCUCCAGGAAGAUAAGCAGAGAUGGAUUGAGUCAGUGGCUGCCAGGAGGGAAGUAGAAGGCCAACAUCAGGAACACAGGGAUUCCGACAUCGAGCAGCUGAAGGAGAAACAGGCUGUUCUACAAAACUUCCUUCAGGAUCAGGAGCUCCGAAUCCAAGUGAAAAGUGAGAAAUUGCUUUCUUUACAGGAGAACUUCAGUAGCCAAGUGAGAAAUGAACUUUUGAGGCAGACAGUCACCGAUCUGAAGGAGAGAAUAGCAGGGUUUGAAAUGGAUGUGUUUCAACUGAAAGAGGAAAAUGCAAAAGUCGUGGAAACCUCUAGAGAAAAGGAAGUGGGAAAUCAGGCAUUGCAAGAGACACAUAGGCUGGCUUGUGAGAGAGAUGAAGUCCUGUUGGCCCUGAAACAGAAACAAAUGGAAACCUGUGCCCUCCAGAAGGAGGUUCACCAUUUACGUGAGAGCAAAUUACGCCUAACCCAGGAGCUGGAGAGACAGCGACACCUGGCACUAGAAGCCGAAGAUGCUCAUCGCCACGAAGCUCUGGCCUCAGAAGACAAAGUGGCUAAUCAACUCAGGAAGGAAGUGACGGUCUUGCAGGGAAAACUCGUUGUGUCUUCCACUGCCAUGGAAAAUGCCAGCCGAGGAGCCAGUCUGCAGGUAGAGUCGCUGCAGGAGCAACUGCACGUGGUGACCCAGCAGAAGGAGGACACUGCGCUCCAGCUUGCUGCCUCCCAGAAAGAAGGAAAGCAGUAUGGUCACAUCCUAGCUGACCUCAAGUUGGAACUCGCCGAAUGGGCAGACAGCCUGGAAGGAAAACUGAAGUCAUUGCAGGGACAAUUCCAUAAAACAAAUGCUGACUUGGAGCUGAAGGAAGUCCAACUCCAAGAAUUCAAGAAACAGAAUGAGGUCCAGCAGGAAAUCCUGGAGGACACACAGAAGAAACUGAUGAACUUAGUCAGUAAGUCCGAAGGAAUGGUGGACAAAACCCUCCUAUGAAGACUCUUCCUGGGAUCUUUCCACUCACCUGAUGCCGAAUGGCAGGAAGCGUUAAGGUUGAUGGGAAGCAUGCUGGGGAUCCGAGAAGACCAGAUGUGGCAGCUCUUCAGUGAAGGGCCAGGUGGUGUUACCAGCUGGAUGACUCGGGGGCCUGGACCCAAAAGUGCCCCCAACACAUGUGUGAAGCCAGAUCACGGACCUAUGGCCAAGAAUUCUUUUUCAGAACUUUUCAUCCAGUUUCUAGAAGUGGAAUCUCAUUCAGGUUUGCCACCACCAAAACCCUCUGCUCAUGACGGGAAGCCCCCAGAUUCCAGAGGAAGCGGAAAACUGGCUAUGAAACAAGGCCCACCACGUCUGAACACUACCCUAGGAUCCACACCCUGGAAAAAAGAUGUGAAGCCCCGCACCACAGCUGUGUCUCUUGUUACCCCACCUGGACCGGAAACAGAUGGAUCGGAGCACCUUCUUCUAAAUGCCGUCACUGAUGCUUUGCCCAAGUACAUGCCCCAAAUACUGUCACCUGCCAAGAAGGUUGGAAUGGUGGCCAAAGGCCUCUCCAAGAAAUAG